AUGAAUUUCCAGGUCGACCGCGGGCUUAGGGUGCCCAACAACAACCCGAGGGACGAGAUGACUUCACCUUCGUCUGCCAGCUCCCUGUCUCUUCACAGUCCAACUGAAGAGAGCGGUUCGUCUGAUGAGGCGAGGAGGUAUCCGCAUGCGACACCAUAUCUCUGUUCCGUCCGGUUCCGUUCACCACGCCGUUUUUGGGACCUCGUUCCCCUGAGCGUGCGGCAGUUCCUACGAAAACAGAGCAUCGGAAGAGAUCUUGUCGGUAUGACUCUGGGAAUUACGGUUGGGGCAUCUACCGUUUUACUCAUCCUCUUCGCCCUGGUGUUUGUUUCGAAACCCGACUCCUCCAUCCAGUCCUUGCCCUACGAGUUCAUAUCCAGCAACCCUCUCUCCUCGGAUGGGAACUCGGACGAAGUCAUGAACCGCUGGCUGGCGGAUUACUCCCGCUCGGUCAUCCCCAAGCCAUGCCACUCCCACAACGACUACUGGAGGCCCUACCCCCUGUUCUCGGCCCUCGUCGCCGGCUGCACGGGGGUCGAGGCCGACAUCUGGCUCAGCGACGACGGCACCGACCUCCUGGUCGGCCAUGACCGCGGCGCCCUCUCGGCCAACAAGACGCUCACGACCAUGUACCUGGACCCGCUCAUGAAGAUACUCGACGCCGAGAACCCCGAGUCUCGCUGGGCGAACCACACCCCGUACGACCAGCCCAGGGGCGCCUUCAAGACGGACCCCAACGCCACGCUGGUCCUCCUCAUCGACGUCAAGUCCGACCCCCGGGACACCUGGCCCCUCCUCGUCAAGCAGCUCGAGCCCCUCCGACGGAAGCAGUUCCUCACGCGCUACGAGCACAUCCAGGUGGGCCCCGGCUUGGAGACCAAGCAGAGCCGGUGGCCCGCCGCGGUGACGGUCGUCGGCACGGGCAACCUCGACCGGCCCACCUUUUACGACUACGAGAACCGGAGCUACCCGGACUUCUACGCGUACCACGACACCUUCAUCGACGCGCCCCUGGAGGUCCUGCCGGUCGAGAACACGUUCUGGCGGUACGAGGGCAACGACCCGGACUACCGGGGGGCCAUCACGUCGUCGAGCCGGAUGUGGGACGUUGACGAGACGUACAUGACGUCGACGUCGUUCAAGCAGGCCAUCGGCUCCGUCCGGACCGGCUUCAGCGGCGCGCAGCUCGCCCGGCUGCGGCAGCAGAUCAAGACGGCCAGGCUGAGCGGGCUGAGGACGCGGUACUGGGACAUCCCGGACUGGCCGAUCGGGUACCGGGAAUACAUAUGGCAGGUGCUGGUCGAGGAGGGCGUCGACCUGCUCAACGUGGACGACCUGGAGGGCGCCACGAGACGGGGCUGGGUCGAGGGCUACAUCAAGGACGUCAUCUGGAUGGCCGUGGUCUCGACGUACGUCUUUGGCUGCGGCUUCGCCAUGCUCGUCAUGUGGCGGCGCUACCUGAGGAGGCGGUGGAUGCAGAGGAUCGCGGACGCGAACAAUGCUGAGCUGGUUGGACACAUGGGGGCGGCGUAG